AUGCUGUGCUCACCUCCCACUCUACGCAUCGCAGCAAUUGGCUGCCGCAUGCAACCUACACUUCUCGCGCCCAAUGCCUACCAUACCAGCUCUCCCACCCCUCUUCGAGCACAAGACAAUCCAUCCACCAAAACAUCCAGACGAGCACCCAUCGCGAAACGACACAUCUCAUUCAAAAAGCCCAGUCUAACACUUCCUACCCUCCGUCACGCAUCUACAACUACCAACCCAUCAACCAGCACAUCCACAACCCAAGAAGCGCAUCCAGACCCCGAACAUCUAACCUGGAACACCUUCUUCAAACUCCGCAAAACCCGUAGAUGGUACCAACUCGGCUCCUCCGUUGGCUCAGGCAUAAACGGGUUCAUCAUCGGCGCCGAAGUGCUCACGCGGACCGACACCGAUAAACUAGUGUCGCAAUUCCCCAUCGACCCGUUUAUCUCAUUAGGACUGAUAACGUUUGCAUGUGGAGGCCUAGGAUGGCUAGCUGGGCCGGUGGUCGGGAACGCGAUGUUUAAUUGGCGGAAUAAGAAGUUUAGAGGGCAGAUGGAGGAGAAGGAGAAGGAGUUUUAUAGGAGGAUUAAGAGGUAUAGGGUUGAUCCCAGUGCGAGUUCGAUGGCGAAUCCGGUGCCUGAUUAUUAUGGAGAGAAAAUUGCUAGUGUAGCGGGCUACAGACAAUGGUUAAAAGACCAGCGAGCGUUCAAUAAGAAGAGACAGACAUAUGUGUAG